AUGGCCCACGCCGUCAAUUCGGCCCUGCACGCUCUUACCAGCCCUCCCCAUUCCUCGUCGUCGUCGACGACCAUUCCUGUUUCCUCGACUCCAUCCAACACCACCUUCGUCAUGUCGGCCUCUUCGGCCAGCCCUGUGCUGCGCAGGCGCAGCGGGAAGAAUGAAGGCUAUCGCCCCAAGAUUGUCACCACCGUCGGCGCCAAACCCGCCUGUCUGGUCAACGCGUCCGUGACGUACGUCGGCAACGACCAGAUCUAUGCGUUCGGCGGCUUUGACCAGUACACCGACGAGGUCUACAACCAUGUGCUCCGUUUGAACUUGCAGACGCGCCAGUGGAACCUGGUCGAUAAUUAUGGGGACAUUCCGGGUGUUCGUAUGGGCCACACUGCCAGCUUGUGGCAGGGAAACAAGUUGCUCGUUUUCGGCGGUGAAAAUGAACAUCGCACCUACCUUCACGAUGUUAUUAUCUUUGACUUGCAGACGGCUCACUGGACCCAACCCGACAUCAACGGAACCCCUCCAAAGGGCCGCGCCCGUCACUCGGCCGUCAUCCAUGACGACAAGCUUUUUAUUUUGGGUGGCAUGAGCGGUUCUGAUAACUACGUCCUUGACGACAUUUGCUACCUGGACCUCAAGACCUGGACCUGGUCUCGCACUUGGCGCUUUGUGCCGCGCUACGACCACACCAGCUGGGUUUGGGACGGCAAGAUUUGGGUCUUCGGCGGCCUUGGGGAGGAUAUGGAAAAGACCAGUGAAAUCUGGUGGCUGGAUAUUCGGGGCAGCCCCGCAUUCGAAGCUGCCAUGGCAUAUGGCACUUCUGGCAGGGGUGCGCUGGGUAGAACUCGGGAUUCAAACUCGUCGAGUUGGCGCAACACACUCACGACAGGCAACACUGGAUAUGCUGCGAAUUCAAGCAGCGUCCAAACUAACCCAGCCCACAUGUCUGGUAACAGGCCCGUGUUCGCUCCGGGGGCCAUCUCCUCGCUGAAGUUCGUUGCGAGCCAGAACCUCCCGACGCAGGCACUUGGCACGCACUUCCAUGUUUUCACCUCUGGCCAGCUCGUCGAUUUCGUUACUCCGGCUUCAGUUAUGGCCUCGUGCGACAUUAGCCUCUCCACGCUCGACCUCGAUACUCUGCGCUGGCACAAGCUGGCUGAUGGCAAGGACAUGUUCCCUCCAAACUACCGGUGGCACUAUUGCACUCUCAAUGAAGAUGGAACUCACGCGUGGUUGCUCGGUUGCCCUACUGAUCCCACCAACACCGGCGAUGCCACCGGCGAGUACCUCAGCGACGUUCUGCCUAUCGACCUCACCAAGUUUGGCUUGCUGGGCAACUCGCUCACACACGAAACGCGAGCCGAGGUCCACAAAUUGCCGUCGUCAGAUGCAAACGAAAACUCGCCCCUCUCAGGAAUUGGAGCGGAUUUGGUGAAGGUCUUCGAUCAACCUCCGGAGACCGGCAGCGGAGCGGACUUCCAGAUCACGGCCGAGCGCGAGUUUGAAGAUGAGUACGAUGACGACGCCUCGGUCGUCGCUGAGUCAUCGUCUGCGCAGGAAUCUGCGCCGAUUCACGUCCACAAGAUGAUAUUGCAAGCACGCUGGCCCCACUUCGCUCGCAUGUACGCUUCGCAAAUGCUCGAAUUCCACACCAAGAAGAUGCACAUUCCAGAGCCAUACAACACGGUUCGGGCCUUUUUGCAUUAUCUUUAUACCGAUAGCAUCGCGCCCCGCAGCAACAAUGGGCCGUCACUCCGCGAUGUUGCCGGCAUGCUGGUCAUGUCGAACAUCUACGUUAUGCCGCGCUUGCGCAUCCUCUGCGUCAACAGGCUGCACAAAGAAUUGGAUGUUGAGCAUGCAGCCAUCAUCUGGGAGCGUGCCAACGUGGCUGGGGAAAACUGGCUGAAGGAGCGGGCCGCCGACUUCUGCAUGACUUACUGGGGCAAGAUUGUGCGUACCAAGGGCUUCCGCUCUCUGCCGAAGCGCAGCCUGCUGGAGCUGUGCGAUGAAGUGGACGACCACGGCCGCGUUCUUAGCGGCGAGGAGUUGGAGGCACUUGGCGCGCUGGCAGGCAUCAAAUACCCUGGACGCGAAGGCCGAAAGCGUGGGGCUGGAGUGCUGGCAAGCGACGACAUUGAGGAAGGUGAGAACGAUGAGGAUGAAGGCAUGGAACUUUCGUAA